AUGGACAAUAAAGUGCCCGAGAGCAACAUCCGUGAUGUUGAAGUGAUGCGCGACCAUGGAGGCCCCAACUUGAACGACGUUAGCCUGACGCUCGAAGGUGUGCGCGUCGUGGACACUCGCAAUGGACGAGGACUACCGCAACGCCCAGCGGUGUCCUGGGCUUCCGCCUGCAGCGAGUCGAGCUCCGUUGGCGAAGACACACGAUCAGCGUCGUCGACGGUCCUCGACCUCAACGCGACGCUUCUCGAAGGGCUCAAGGACCAUAUCCAGCGGCUCGCGCCACCGAUGGUCGAUGCAAGCACCGUGCUCGCGUCCGACGUGGCCGUCGUCUCGACGCUCGUCACGACACCGUCCCACAUGUACAAUCCGGCCGACGACGCCGACACGACGGACGUGACGAUCCAAGAUGUGUUUCUUUUGGACAUUUCCGUGCCUGCCGUGCGUGCCCACCAGCUCAAGCUUCUGUAUGCACAGCUGCACCGCCUCCAAACCAAACUCAAUGCCGUCAACGCCGAGCGACAGUCCAACGCGUCCAUGUCGGGCACGCCCGUCUUGGUGCUGGGCGAGCCGUGCUACUAUGGCAAGGUGGCCGCCUUGCUCCCCAACGGCCUCGCGGAUGUCCUCAGCCUCGACGGUCGCAGCGGAAGGCAGCAGGUGCCGCUGGACGCCAUCCAGGUGCUCACAACCGCAGCGGACUUGAAGCGGCAGCACGAAGCGCUCAGUCGUCUCGUGGAUCUCUACUACCCCGGCGCCCGCGUGCUUGUGAUGGUGCGUCGGGGGCAGCUCACGCAUGCUACGAUCCGACGACGCUCGGCCGAGUACGAAUACGACAUCAAGAUUGACCGCACCAGCGAAACCAUGGCCCGCGUCCGCGCGCAGCAGCUGAUUCCAAUCCAAGGGCUCUCGGUCCCGUUGCCGCAACUGCAGAAGAAGACGCUUCAAAUCAAACACGGCUCUGUGAUCUUUCGCAUCCACGAAUUCGUUUACGUGCUCGAUAUGGACAAUAUGACCAAAAUCUACAUGGCCGGUGUCAUCUCGGGCAUCAACAGCAACCGAACCGUUGUCAUCGACUAUGAGAACGGCGACAUGGACGGCAGUGUCUCGGUGCAGCUUCUCGAGAAAUACGACACGCGCAAGGACCGGGGCCGAAUAAGACCGCCCAACUGCGGCCCCGUGGGCUACAUCAACGACGAUAUCGUCAUGGCGCUGCAUCCGGUGACGAAAGCCGUGGCGAAAGCCAAAAUCACCUGCGUCCACGCCAGCUCGUGCGACAUUUGCUUUUUGGACGGCGUCAUCGUCCUCCACAUGCCACGAAGCCGACUCAACCAGAGCUGCUUGACGGUCGCGUCAAUCCCACCGCCCAUCGCACCGCGGUCGUACGCGGGUCAUUUCAAGGCCAAUCAGCACGUGCUCGUCUUCAGCCACCGGUUCCAGCGCUACUGCACGGCGCAGGUCCAAGCGGUUCAUGCGAAUGCGACGCCCGUCACGUACAUGGUGGCGUUCGACUAUGGCGAGGUCAUUGACAAGGUGCCCUUUGACGUCAUCACGCACAUUUGCAACACCCACGUCUUGACGCCAACGAAGCGCAUUACGCACAACUGGAACAGUGUCAACGGCUACAUGACGGACAUUUUGUACCCUUGCAAGAACAGCGCAAGCAUCCACGAUGCCGUGUGUGUCCCGAACCUCACGACCAACGUCAAGCCGCCGUGCGCGGUCGGCGAUCUCGUCAUGGCGCGUUACCGCGGCGCGUUCAAGUACUUUCAAGCCGUGGUGCUGCACAUUGACGAAGCCACCGUCCGCGUCCUGUACGCUUCGUCCGAAGUCGACGACACCGUGCCUUAUGACCACAUCUUUCUUGUCGACCCCAAGUACGACAAACCCAUCGCGUUCUCCCUCACGGCGCCCGAAGAGGAGGCCAAGAUGACUGUGAUCCUACCAGAGUCGGCCGAGAAGGACAGCGUUCCGCCGAUGGCCAACUCGAUGUCGAUGGCCAAUCGCCUUCAUGCCUCAAGCAUGCAGCAGAUCGCCGUGCUGCCGCGCCGCUUCUCUCUCUCCAAGAUUUUAUCGGGCCCGAUGAUGGCGUCCGACUUGUCCGUGGACCAACACAGCCCUCCGGGCCGCAUCUCGGUGCAGCCCCGUUUCUUCUUCCGGGCCCUAUUGCGCAAGCUGAAGCGGCUCGUGCACAAGGCGACGAGCGCCUGA